UCUGAAGUUAUUUCCCCUUUUCCUCUCAGUGUGUGAGGAUGGAGCUGGAGAUCUAAACAGGACAGCUGGAGCCUGCAGAGUUCCCACUGAGCCUCUCAACAAACCUCCCUGAUCUCUCCGGACCGUCCCGUCAGCACACCAUGAAGCUCUGGGUUGUGCUCUGCAUGGCACUGCUCUGGGUGGAGCUCCAAAAUGGUGCCUGCCAGCAAGUCAAGCGAAGAAAAGACGUAGGAGAGAACCGCAUCCGCCCAGGGGGGAAGCGGGUGAAGGUGCGAAACCCCAAACUAAAAGAUGGAGGAGUAAAGGGCCAGUCCCUGUUGACCCAGGUUUUAGAUAAGGGACGCUUCCUGCGCCUGGGCCAGAGCACAAGUCUGACUCCUGGGAGGAACAUGGAGCUGCGCUGCAAAGGCAACUCUAUCGGAUGGUCAUACCCGUCCUACCUGGACACCUUCAACGACUCACGCCUCAGCAUCAAGCAGAGCGACAAGUUCAGUCAGCUGAUCUUGACGUCGCCCUCUGCUGCCGACACAGGGCACUACAGCUGCUGGGUGAUCACGUGUGACGGCACGGAGUGUGAGAGGGACCACGAUCGCUCCUACGUCUCAUACGUCUACUUCACCGACAAAGACAACCUCUUCGUCCCCUCUGCCAUCCACUUUGAGAUCGUGUACCUGCGGCCUGACAGGCCCGCUGUGGUGCCCUGCCGUGUGACAGAGCCGCAGGCCAAGGUGUCCCUGCACAGAGAAGUCCCUCCGGAGGAGAUCACGGCCAACGGGACGCAGGUGACCUACGACCCCACCAAGGGCUUUGUCCUGCAGAACCCCAGCCCAGAGCAUCAGGGGGUCUUCUACUGCAAGGCCGUGAGCAAGGGCACCCCUCAGAUCUCCACAAAGUACCAGCUGCUCUACGUGGAGGUUCCUAGUGGGGCUCCAUUUGUGAGCCUUGAAGCCUCUCCGGAGUCUGUGGGAGGAGGAGACAACGUCAAUGUGACCUGCACAGUGCUGGGGAGCCCGAGGUGGACGGAGCUUCACCUGUCUUAUCCUGGCCAGGACCACCGCCCAGUUCACAUCCAGAUGUCCUGGAGGCUGGUAAACAGAGGUAUGAGCCACAUCACCAGGGUCUCCCAGAGCGUCAUGACUGUAGAAGACUUGGAGACCAUCGACUUUGGAAACUACAUCUGUAAAGCCAAGAACCAGAACGGGGAGACAAUUGUGACGACCAACAUCAUCUCCAAAUAGCCCCAUAGCCCGUGUCACGUGUUGAGAUAUAACUGCAACACACUGACCAGUGAGACCCAAUCAAAUCGACAUGUAUACACAUAAAAACUGGAUGUACUUUUAGAUUGCAAAUUGUGAUAAAUAAAGAUUUGCUGCAUCUUU